AUGACGGGGUCUGAACAAAGCAGUCCUGAGCAGGUGUCAUCUUCCCCAACCCUCCGUCCUCCUUCAAUGCCGUCACCACCUUCACAAGGUUCAAGGAAUGUUGCUCCAUAUCCCUUGGCUGCCUUCCUUCCACUAUGGCAAUUGAGGGAUUUUCUUUCCGAGUCCGACGGUCCAUAUAAAAAGAACUUUCGUCUCUGCUUCCCUCAGAUGUCACGAGCUACGCCCCCUUCGCACUUUUGA